AUGAGGAACCCUCCGAAAAGAAAGCCUAACUACAAAUUUAAAUUCUAUUGGACUGACCAUCCCCAGUUCAAAGACAUUAUUCAAGACAAGUGGGAAAAUUCAUACGGUAAUAUGAUUACCAGACUAGAUGAGCUUGGAAAAAGGCUUAUGAAAUGGAGCAAAGACACAUUUCGUGACACUAAGAGAGAAAUCGAUAUCGAGAAGAAAAAUUUAGUGGACUUACAAACCAAUGCUCACUUGGAUGACACAAGGGAGAAAGAGAAUGCUAUCUGCCAAAAGAUUGCCAGUCUGGAGAGGAGAAACAGAAUGUUCUGGCGGCAAAGGAAUAAAUUGAAAUGGAUUCCUUCUGCCGACAAAAAUACCCAGGUAUUUCAUGUUUCUUUGAUCCAUAGGAGAAGUAGAAAUAAAAUAUAUUUUAUUAAGAAUGCUGAUGGUGAAUGGACCUCCGAGCAUGAUAACAUUAAAAAUGUUCUCAUUUCUCACUUUAAUAACAUGUUCUCUAAAGACCCUAAUGUUAAUCCAAGCCAAGAAGCUAUAAGUCUUGUUAAAGAUUGCUUUAGAUAUUACUCAAUACCUGCUGGUUUAAACCACACUCACAUAUCCUUGAUCCCAAAAAAUAAAAAUGUUGCUAGUGCUGUCAACUAUCGACCAAUUGCUUUAUGCAAUGUCUUGUACAAAGUAGUAGCUAAAAUCAUCACUAACAAGCUUAGUCCUCUUCUAGACAAUCUUAUCGAUAAAACUCAUUCUGCAUUUAUUUCGGGUAGGCAAAUUUUGGAUAAUAUUGUGGUUGCUAAAGAAAUUUUCCAUUCAAUGCAUACAUCCAACUCAAAACAAGGUGUUUUCGCUCUUAAACUAGACAUGAGCAAAGCCUAUGAUAGGGUAGAUUGGAAUUUUCUUAAGCAUGCGCUCAAUAGUUUUGGAAUAACUGUUAGAAUUCAUAAUCUUAUUUUGAGCCGUGUUGAAACUACUUCUUCCUCUAUUCUGAUAAAUGGCCAGUUUGAGGGUUUUUUCUUUGGAGAAAGGGGAAUCAGAAAAGGGUGUCCUCUCUCACCCUAUUUGUUCAUUAUUUUCUCUCACAUACUAUCUAGUAUCAUUAACAGGAUGGAACAAUAUGGACUUUACAAUGGAUACCAACUGAAUCGAAGAGUUCCAAGUGUAAGCCAUAUUUUGUUUCCUGAUGAUGUGAUGUUGUUUGGAAACACAAAUGAGACCACUAUCAACUCUAUCGUUGAAAUCAUGCAGCAAUACUACAAUGGUUCCGGUCAACUAGUCAAUUACAGCAAAUCAUCCAUCCAUUUUAGCAUGAGUGUGUCAGACGAAAGAUGCAAUGAGAUUAUAACCGCCCUGGGGGUUACAAGAAUGGAAAAAGGUGAUAAAUAUCUGGGAGUCAAUAUACUGCAACAAGGAAACACUAUUUCAAAUUUUUCCUUUCUCAUUGAUAAAUUUGACGAAAAACUCGCAGGUUGGAAAAGAAUUUCACUUACCCAUGCAGGUCGUACAACUCUUAUUCAAGUUUUUCUUGCACUUAUCCAAGUAUACUACAUGGCAACUUCUGUUAUCCCUAAAGCUGUCGGCAAAGGUCGCAACAUCAACAUUGGGACGGAUCCAUGGAUUCCUUCCCUUCCAGAUUGUACCCUCUCGAGUGAAGUGAAUGAUAUAGCAGGAGUCACCAAAGUUCACCAAUUUUUAGACACUACCACUGGUAAGUGGAAUCUACAGCUCAUUCAACAAUUAUCUGACCCAUUCACUGCUUCCCAGAUCAGCAACAUUCAGAUCAACAGCAAAGCGAAAGACAAGCUCAUAUGGCACCUUACUACUCAUGGUGAUUUCUCACCACAAUCCUUUCAAAAGCUUAUCGCUGAUCAAACUGGUGAGUCCUCUGUGCAUAAUGACAGUUCUUUUCCUUGGAGAAAAUUUUGGAACAUUAAGAAAAAUGCUCCAAAAAUAAAAAAAUUUAUAUGGAGAGCACUACAUAAUGGAAUUGGGGUAUUUCAGAUAAUUGGAAAAUUUUGGAUGGUGUGUGUACUAACUGUAGAGGGUGUAAUGUCAGUGAGGAAAGUGUUGAUCACCUUUUACUGCAUGAAUAUGUUUUUGCAAUGGGGUCAGCCAUAUGUUGGGCAUUAUGGAAAGCCAAGAAUGAAUUGGUGUUUGAAAAUAAGCAAGUGA